CAUGUUGGACAUCCAAGUGUUGGAUGAAGGUAAGGGUAAGCAUUUUGAGCAGGGCAUUGUCCACUUUGGAGAGACGUGCACGUCAGUCGGGAAGCAGAUACGGGUUUGACAUUGAAAUAGGUGAGUGGAUGAGUUGAAAGAGGGGGAAGUGGGUGACCGAGUCGUGACAAGCCUUCAUAUGGUUUCUCCUUCAUGGAAUUUUUGGUCUCCAUGAACUCUACAAUGGCAUUCACGUCGACAGUAGUCGGCCUCACGUUCACUUCCCCGGCUCUGCUCGCUCUUCGUAUCAUUAAAAUUCAGAGGUUCGAGGCAAGAACUCGAGAACAGGGUUACGGAAAGGUGAAGGGAAGAGGUACGCUCCGCAGAAGAGAAGAGAUAUCAAAGAGAGAUGGAGAAGGGGUGGGUUGUGGCGGUGAUUGCAGCUGCAGCAGCCUUGUUGAUGUUGGGCGGGGUGGAAGCCCGGCGUGGUCAUGACGACGUGAAGGUCGUACACUACGAUGGCAAGGUGCUGUGCCAGGACUGCUCCAAGGGAUGGAACGAGUGGACGAAGGGUAAACCCGUCAAAGGUGCGAAGGUCGCGGUGACAUGCCUGGACUCGCGCCGGCGAGCGGUGUGCCACACGAGCGACACCACCGACGACAAGGGCGAGUUCGAUCUAGUGGUGAGCAAGUUCGUGUACGGGAAGGCGGUCCGGCCGGAGGACUGCACCGUGAGGCUGGUGUCGUCGCCCGAUCCCACCUGCAACGUCAUGACCGACUUCGGCGGCGGCAAGUGCGGGGUGAGGCCCCACCACCCCUCCGUCGUGCACCGCGGCAUGCUCAAGUACACCGUGGGGCCUUUCUACUUCACGUCGCCGUCGUGCGAUGAGCCGGAGACUUCGCCGCACGAGGACGAUGAAGACUGAGAGAUGAUAUACCACGACGAUGUCUUCGCUUUGGUCCGAGUCGAUGCCCCGUCCGUGCGAUCGUCUUAAUAAGAAAGAAGCUGGUUUUAUUUGUGUUAGGAUCGUUAAGUUGCUUGCGACGUGUGCUUUUGUGAUAUCAGCAAUAUCCAAAAUGUUCGAUUAAGAAUAA